AUGUCAUUCUGUUUCAUCUUCAAUGUUCCAGAAGAAGAGAAGAAAUCUGGAUCCUUCUCACCCCAAUUUGAUGAUUAUCUAUCGGCAUCCAGUUUUGGUACGGAGUUAGAUAAUAAAGAUGCCUCUUCUCCACAUUCUACUACCAGUUUACAUGAAAGGUGGCAUUUAGAAUAUGGUUCAUGUGAAGGGAAAACUUCUCUAAUUAAAUCUUCAUCCGAAAUUAAUCGACCUGAUAAAGAGAAUACAACUACCACAUCGAGUUAUCAAGCCAUGGGGGAUGUGGUUGGUCAAGAAAUUAGUAUGCCUGGAGAUAAAAUUGCACAUGGAACUUGCCAGCGGGUAUUUAUUACUGAUCUGCUGUGUGCUUUGUGCAAGCAACUUCUCUGUCGACCUGUAGUUCUCAAUUGUGGCCAUGUAUAUUGUGAAGCUUGCAUCAUCAAUCCAGGAAAUAAGGCGUGUAGUUGCCACUUAUGUCCAAGUGUUCAUCCAAAUGGGUUCCCAAAUGUUUGUUUGGUUCUGAAGCAUUUUUUGGAGGAGCAAUUUCCUGAAGAAUAUGCAUCAAGAAAAGAGACUGUACUUACAAUGACUGAUUGUCAACAGGGGAGUCCAUCAACCUGUUCAGUACGAGCUCAACAAGAAGCUGCUACACAUGAGUCAUUGCCCAGAAAUAUUUACUCAUCAUGGUGGUCUGGCCAGGGGCCUAAAGUUCAUCCUGGAGUUGGUUGUGAUUAUUGCGGGAUGUGUCCUAUUAUUGGUGAACGAUACAAAUGCAUGGACUGCCUGGAGAAAAUAGGGUUUGACUUGUGUGAAGGAUGCUAUAAUAGUUCCUCCAAGCUUCCUGGCCGAUUUAAUCAGCAGCAUAAACCAGACCACAAGUUUGUGGUUGUACAGCCAAAUCUCGAGGGUACUUUAAUAUUGCUAGGUCCUGAACAUUCUGAAGAGGAUGGCUCCAAUGAUUCAGAGGACCAGGAAGAUGUUUCACCUGCUCCUAACUCUUCAGAUGAUGCUCCACGGGAUCUAGAAGAAGGUGCAGCUCCUCAUAUACCCUCAUGUAAUACCUUAGAAGAAGAUCAAGAAGGUACCGACUCCAUGCUCUGAACUCAUUCAUUUUCACUUUGUUUCAUCUUCGUCAUUUUGCAACUGAAACUGCGCUUCCUUGUAAAUUUUCUUUGCAUUGAUGAUACCUUUAUACAUUCGUAAUAACAAAAUUUGUGUUGCCAUUCCACCACAUGAGAAACAUUGUCAUAGGACAGAAAACUCAAUAAAUCAAGACACCAGGAUCUAUUUGAUGUUAUAUCAUA